UCCGGGUUCGCGCGAAAGUCCAUGCCGAAUUACUCAGCUAAACAUUCAUAUUAUACUCAUAGAUGCGCCGUCCUUCUCUGUCUGCCCGCGUCCUGACCGUGUCCUCGUCGGGGUCUGCUUCACGAAGUGAUGUCUGUCCCUCCUGUCGAUGCGUCGGACAGGAAUGCCGCUUUUGGCCAGAAGCAACUGGACGAUGCUGUUACCCCGGCAGAUAGCUUUGACGCGCCUGAACUUGCUCGUAUGGUCACUGGAGAGUCCCAAGAUCGCUCCGAUUCGGACGAGAACAGUACCAAGGGUCCUUCGGUUCCCCAGGUCCUGUCCUAUGAGCCCGCGCCGUGGUAUCUGCGAGUUCCUUUCUGCCCGACCAGUGCACCCCCGUCUAAGUACACGGUUGACACCGCACCUCUCAUCCCGGAGGCUUCUGCGUCAAUUCUGAGUCGCAUCUUUUUUGAAUGGAUCACGGAUGUCCUACGUCUUGGUUAUGCAAGGCCUCUGGAGGCGACAGACUUGUAUAGACUCCAGGAGUCCAGAUCUGCGAAGGUCAUCGCAGAUAAGAUCACGAAAUCAUUCAAGGAACGCGUCGAGGCAGCAGAUUCGUACAAUGACCGACUACGUAAUGGAAAAAUUUCGCCAGGUCAAUUAAGGUCGCUAUGGUGGUUUUGUAAAGGAAACCGUAAGGAGAGAGAACGAAGGUGGAGGGAAAAGGAUGGACAAAAGAAAGCGAGUCUUGUGCUUUCCCUCAAUGACAGUGUCCUCUGGUGGUUCUGGUCCGCUGGUGCUCUAAAAGUGAUCUCGGAUAGCGCACAGAUGUGCACUCCGUUACUCGUAAAGGCGAUCAUCAACUUUUCUGGGGAAGCAUUCGCAUCUCGACACGGAGGGUCAGCAAGUAGCAAUCCGCCUGUUGGCAAAGGAAUCGGUCUAGCCGUAGGCCUUCUCUUGCUCCAAACUCUCUCUUUUCUUUGUCAAUCACAUUUCUUCCAACGGAGUGCCGCUGUGGGUGUACUCCUUCGUGGAGGCCUCAUAAACGCCAUUUAUUCGCAGUCGCUACAUCUCAGUACUCGUGCACGUUCCACUUUGACCAAUGGAAAGCUCGUUAAUCACAUCUCCACGGACGUUUCCCGUAUCGAUUUUUGUGCUCAAUAUUUCCAUAUGUUUUGGACGGCCCCGAUUCAAAUGAUCUUGUGUCUGAUCCUCUUGUUGAUUAAUCUUGGUCCGAGUGCGCUGGCUGGCUAUGGCUUUUUUAUCCUUAUAACCCCGCUACAGACGAAGGUCAUGAAGUUGCUAUUUGGUCUUCGAAGGAAGAGCAUGGUAUGGACUGACAAGAGGGCUAAGCUCUUGCAAGAACUCCUUGGUGGGAUAAAGAUCAUCAAAUUCUUUGCUUGGGAGGCGCCAUUUCUCAAGCGAAUUGCUGAGUAUAGGCAGAGCGAAGUAAACUACAUCAGGUCCCUUCUCGUCCUGCGUUCCGCAAAUAAUGCCGUCGCAUUCACUCUUCCAGUUUUCGCUGCCGUGCUUUCAUUUGUGGCAUACUCGCUAUCUGGGCAUCCCAUGGACCCGGCAGUGAUUUUCUCAUCUCUAACGCUGUUCCAAUUAUUGCGGCUUCCUCUGAUGUUUUUCCCAAUCUCUGUCAGUGCAAUCACUGACGCUGCAAAUGCUGCGGGAAGACUUCACGAUGUCUUCGUUGCAGAGCUGCUGGAUGAGCAAAUGCAGAGAGAUACAACGCUUGACGCUGCUCUGAAGGUUGAAUCGGCAUCAUUCACUUGGGACAGCCCAGCUCCAGAAGCAGAAGGAUCCAAGAAGAAUAAGAAGGCAAAGAAGGCACGGAAACCUCCGGCGACUGCUCAAGAGAAGGGUGAGGGCAAGGAAGACAAAGUGUUCAGUCUGAAGAAUGUCAACUUGGAAAUCCCUCGUGGUUCUCUGGUGGCAAUCGUAGGGCCAGUUGGCACGGGGAAGAGCAGUCUUCUGCAGGGCCUGAUCGGGGAGAUGAGGCGCACUUCUGGUUCCGUUCGCUUUGGUGGAUCAGUAGGCUAUUGUCCACAAAAUGCCUGGAUCCAAAAUGCGACUGUGCGUGAGAACAUUUGCUUCGGACGGCCAUUUGAAGCAGAUCGUUAUUGGCGAGCUGUCCGCGACUCCUGUCUAGAACGUGACCUUGAGCUUCUUCCACACUACGAUCAGACGGAAGUCGGUGAGAAGGGUAUAUCGCUUUCGGGAGGUCAGAAGCAGAGGCUCAACAUUUGUCGCGCAAUCUAUUGCGAUACGGACAUCCAGAUCUUCGACGAUCCGCUCUCGGCCUUAGAUGCACACGUAGGAAAGGCAGUUUUCCAGCGGGUUCUUCAAAACAGCCCAAAAGGAAAGACACGCAUAUUGGUCACGCAUGCAUUGCAUUUCCUACCCUAUGUGGACUAUGUAUAUGUCAUGUUGGAUGGUCGAAUUGUUGAGCAAGGACCGUAUGCAGAGUUGAUAGCGAAUAACGGUGCAUUUGCGAAAUUCAUCCAGGAGUUCGGUCAUGACGAUAAUGAGGAUAAGGGCGAAUCUCUUGAAGAGGUGUCUGCAGCUGACCAGGAAGAUGGGAAGAGGCAGAAGGCUGCCGUAGCGGGUGCAGGUCUGAUGCAGGUCGAAGAGCGUAAUACAGGUGCAGUUAGUGGUGCAGUUUAUGCAGCAUACUUCAGAGCGGGCAGGGGCGGAGUUGUCGUACCAUUGUUGCUUCUCGGCUUGGUCAUGAUGCAAGCUUCCUCGGUUAUGUCCUCUUACUGGCUUGUUUACUGGCAGCAUGAUUCGUUCAAUAUUCCACAAGGAGCAUAUAUGGGGAUAUUCGCAGCACUCGGCGUGUCCCAGGCCUUCUGGUUCUUUGCAAGCGGGGCUAUGUUUGCAGUCUUGAGUUAUUUUGCUUCUAAGACAUUACACCGUAUGGCUAUUGAACGUGUCAUGCAUGCGCCAAUGUCGUUCUUCGAAACGACGCCACUCGGACGAGUGAUGAACCGCUUUUCCAAAGACAUAGAUACAAUUGAUAACAUGCUCUCUGACGCCAUGCGAAUGUUCUCAAACACAUUCUCACAGAUGAUAGGCGCUGUCAUCCUCAUCAGUAUUGUUGUGCCGUGGUUCCUCAUUGCUAUUUCCGUUGUACUCGUGUUCUAUUACUAUAUGGCGUUGUUCUAUCGUUCAAGUGCACGGGAACUCAAGCGAUUGGAUGCCAUCCUUCGAUCUUCGGUCUACUCCCACUUCUCUGAAUCCCUCUCCGGUCUUGCAACAAUCCGCGCAUACGGAGAGACGGAUAGAUUUUUAGCAGAGAACGAGAAGCGAAUAAACAUCGAAAACAGAGCAUAUUACCUGACUGUUGUGAAUCAAUACUGGCUCGGAAUACGUCUGAACUGCUUAGGAACAUUAUUGACAUUCGUUGUUGCCAUUUUGACUAUCGCAACGCGGUUUUCGAUCUCGCCAUCACAGACUGGUGUUGCAUUGUCCUACAUCGUUCUCGUGCAGCAAUCGUUCGCAUGGAUGGUCCGGCAGAGCGCCGAAGUUGAGAACGACAUGAAUGGUGUAGAACGUAUCACCCACUACGCGACUGCCGUUGAACAGGAGCCUCCUCAUGAGAUCGAAGACAACAAGCCCCCGCCCCAUUGGCCAAUGGAGGGUAAAGUAGAACUCAGCAACGUCGAGCUGAGGUAUCGGCCGGAGCUUCCUCCUGUCUUGAAGGGCAUCUCGAUGUCCGUAAAAGGUGGGGAGAAGAUCGGUAUAGUUGGUAGAACUGGUGCUGGCAAAUCGACCAUCAUGGUUGCUCUAUAUCGGCUUGUCGAAUUGUCAGGUGGAUCUAUACACAUUGAUGGUAUCGACAUUUCUACGUUGGGUCUUCGAGAUUUGAGAAGUAAUAUUGCAAUAAUUCCCCAGGAUGCGCUUCUAUUCUCCGGUACACUUCGUAGCAAUCUUGAUCCAUUCGAACAACAUGACGACGCAAGACUCUGGGACGCUCUGAAGCGAUCAUAUCUUGUGGACGAUAUGAAACCAGUCUCCUUAGAGUUAUCAACAGAGGAUGCAGGUGGUAGUGGUGCGCAGACGCCAGUGAAAAGACUCACUCUUGAUAGUCCGAUUGAGGACGAAGGAAGUAACUUGUCCGUGGGUCAGAGGUCAUUGGUGUCGCUCGCUCGUGCACUAGUAAAAGACUCAAAAGUCCUCGUACUGGACGAAGCAACAGCGUCGGUCGACUACGAAACCGACAGGAACAUUCAAGAUACAAUCGCACGCGAGUUCAGUGACCGAACAAUUCUCUGCAUAGCUCACCGCCUUCGUACUAUUAUCUCUUACGACCGCAUAUGUGUUCUCGAUGCCGGUAACAUCGUAGAAUUCGACACUCCUAGCAAUCUCUAUCGACGCGAGGACAGCAUAUUCAGAGGAAUGUGUGAUCAGUCCUCCAUCACGUGGGACGACAUCCGCUUCGCUGCUAAAGCGAAAGAAAACAUUUAAUGAUAGCAUGGUUCGUUAUGAUUUGUAGCAGCAUUAAAUAGAAGUCUGCAAUGGAAUGGAAUGGUUUGUGUAUUA